AUGAAAGGGAUUGGCCAUGAUUCACCGUUUGUUGAUACGAUUUGCUUUCAGGCUAAAAUUUCCGAAACUAUUAGUUCUACAGUUUCUGUCAACAAAGAGAAACCAUCAACUCCUUCAAGUCUCCCAACGGUGAAGGUCACUAAUUAUGGGUGGGACGAGUCGGACAAAUUUGUCAAGGUGUACAUAACAUUGCAAGGGGUGCAGAAUGCCAACCCUUCCAGCAUUCAACAUAGCUUUACCAACACUGGAUAUGAUAUUGCCGUUUCUGAUCAUGGUGGUAAAAAUUACGUGAUGACAAUGAAAGGUCUACGGGACGAAAUUAUUCCGGAGAGUAGUCAGCUCAAGGUAAAUGUGCAAAUAACUCGCGACUUUUCAACCAUUCUUGAUUUCUUAGUAUUGAUCAUAAUUAGUCCUAUAUUUGGAAUUAUCUUUGCAUUUUUUGUCAGAAAUGAAAUUAUUCACUCAUGUUUGUGGUCGUCUUUUCAGGUGAAAACUGACAUGCUUCUUGUUAUGAUGAAAAAGAAAAACGAAGGAAAGAAAUGGGAAGAACUUACAAAGCUAGAAUAUGAUCAGAAGCAAAAGAGGAAACCGAAAUUUGACGACAAAUUGGAUGAUGAUCCACAAGCGUCAUUAAUGAACAUGAUGAAGCAGAUGUAUGAGGAAGGUGAUGAUGAAAUGAAGCGUACAAUACGGAAGGCUUGGCAUGAAGGACAGACCAAGAAAAACACGGUUGAUCCACCGCCGUUUGGUGACUUCUGA